AUGCAUAUUACACAUAUGAAAUGCCAUUCUCGCUGUAAGACUGGAAGAAUGUCCAGUGCCAGCGGUAACAACAGUCUUGCCAGUGCGACCAGUUACAGUGGAGCUAGUACUCUUACUGGAGGUGUAGGAGGUGCAUUAAGUCUGAUGGGUUGUGUCAGAGAGGCUUCACCUCCGCCUCAAAAUCAUCGGACGCUGGAUCUUGGCGAUUUAGCGAUGCAACGUCAUGCGGAUUUACUUCCUAAAGAACCAAAGAAAAGACGCUUUCAUCCUCUCCGCGGGCUGAGAAGAAUCUUCAGAAGAAAGAGCAGAAGUGCUGCUGAUGCCGCCUUCGAUUCUCACAACGAUCGAAAUGACCCAGUGACUCACGAUCGUGAGGACAUGACUCUCAGGCAUCCAGCUGGACGUACUGAGGACGCUCGGAGCCAAAGUGCUAGUGAAUUACUCACUGAUUCUUGCGAUUGUCAAAGUGGGUUCCUCAGGCGAGGAGGCGGCGUACAAGAGACGUUUACCAAGCUCCGAGGUGCUUCAGGUCAACUCUCAGUGUCUCACGACAGUGUCUUCCCCGGGGAGGUGCCUCAUACUCGGCCUCUCUCAUCUCUAGAUACCUUGGCUACAUUCCAAAGACGACAGGGAAAAACAAAUGAUGAAGCUAACAAGAGCCAUGGCAUCCAUGGAGCUUCCAACAAUCGGAUAUCUCUUCGAGUGUUGGAGCAAAUUAAGACUGCCAUAGAGAGUAGGAAUCAGCUGGCAUCGGCGGAGACGCACGUUCCUCUUAGCCGUUUCAGCCGUACAGAUAAACGUGAACGAACCGAUAGAGAAGAGCCGGAGGAAAAGUUCAGGCUAUUUGUGAAGCACCUUUUUAUAAAACCAACACAACACUCUCUUCUCGGGGCUUCCCAGCACCUGGCGCCAUCCAGCGUUUCACCUGCCGGUUUACCUGCAAGCCCAUUGAUAAUAAAAUUUCCUGCCGAGGUGGAUUGCGAAUUGAGGAUCAUCAAGCGACUGAAAGUAACUACUUUAUCAACGGGAUUAAGACUAACACCUGGUCAAUUUUUGUUUUGCAAAAUGAGACCUAGUGGUACAAAAAAAAAUAUUCUGCUCCUUUAUCUUUGCUGGAUCAGUGAACAGAUGCAGGUCACGGAAGCGUCGUUUUCUUGCAUCAAAAAAAUGGUGGUGUCACGAGAGACAAGUAUUUCGACGAACAUACGGGCGAUCAUCGAGCAAUUGAAUCUAAAUCCCGUUGAAAGGCGACGUCUUAUUGAUCGGACUCGCGAGACCGUCAGAAUAAGACCCGUAAGUUCUCCAGCCAACAUAACAAUCGGCGUUUACGGGUGCAAUGACAAAACUUCAGUGGAUACCAGGACCAAAAGUACCGUUGAUAUUUUUCCUGAGGUCAAAAUUGAUAGCAGAAUUAUUGCUGGUGAAAAUAAUAACUCGAAAAUUUAUCCAGCAGAAAUUUCUGUUACCAAUAAUAAUAAUAAUAAUAAUAAUAAUAAUAAUAAUAAUAAUAAUAAUAAUAAUAAUAAUAAUAAUAAUCGUUACAUCAAAGAAACGAUUACAACUCCAUCGUCGGCUAAAAUAAUAAUCAGUAUCUGGGGUAGUAAUGACGGCAAAAAAAAAGAACCUCGAGUAAUCGAGAGAACGAGUUCUUGUACCGGAAAAAUAGACAUUAAAGUGGUUGAUGAUGAAGAAAAGAGAGUGCUCUUUAGAUCGAGGCGCGCUGAAAUGAGACAAAGGAUACCGGAAGAUCAAAAAGAACCAUGCGAUGAGAUACCACGAACGCAACCGGACAAUGACAAAAUUGCUACACUGCCAAAGGAGGACUUGCCGGAAUUCGAGAGCGACUCGCUGAAUCACACCGCGGCUCAUCACCGGAUUUCAGUGCGCCCUAAAAAUCGGCGACCACCACGAAGGUCAGUCACGGCGACCAACAGCAGUAUGUCCUGCUCUACAAUCACAACCAUAUCAGAAAACUCGGACGUGCUGGACAGUCUGGAGAUGUCAACAGUAACCAGCAGCAAUGCCAGCACCCCGAUUGACUCCAAGGGGAUCACAGUGAUGCGUAAAUCUUCCAGCAGGAUGUCAUCAAGGACGUCCGAUUUGUUUGAAGAGUUUGAUGUUAAAAAGAAGCCCUCGAGUAUGGCCUCGCUGUCGCCAGACAGUCUUGAUGUCAGUAUCACCAGGAUCAACGAGCAAACUGAUGCAAUAGGUCAGCAGGAUGCUUCUGGUGACAUUAAAUAUAUAUCCAGGAAAUCAUCUGGAAAUCGUCAGGUUACUACUACCAAGUUGUCAAACGUUUACGAUGAAUUGGAAGUCACACCGAAGAAGCGAACGUCGAUUACUCGGCUAUCAAAGUCCCCAGACAGCCUUGAUAAUUCAUUUUCAAAGUCCUCCGAGGGAUUUGAUAAGCUUAUUGAGGACGAGGAGGUGCUACCGACGUUCGGAAGAUUGCAAAGUUUAAUAUCCAAGUCUACAGAUGGGUUCGAUAAGCUAGCGGAGCACGUCGAUAUUAAGCCUAUGCCUCGGAGACUUACUAACAUGAUUUCAAAGUCUACCGACGGAUUUGAUACUUCAGACCGCGAGGAGCCCCGCCCGGCAAGGAGACCCAAUAAUCUGGGCUACAAGUUCUCAGACACUGUUUCCAAGUCCUCGGACAGCUUGGAGGCGAUUCAGGCUCUGGUGAGCGAUGACUCGAUCGAGCGCAGGCGCAGCAGUUUCGAAAUUCGUCCGAGAAGAACUCACAAAACUAUGUCCAUGUCCUCGGAUAACUUUGGGAGUCUGGAUCAUCACCAGCCGGAGUUGCAGAAAAUCAGCAGCACCUCUGAUGUUUAUCUUGCUAGGGUCAAUAAAAGUUACGGGAAAAUGGGGAGUGUGUCCAAGUCUACUGAUAACUUUGAAGCUAUUGAUAGUCAGGAGACCAGUCGGUCAAACAUAGACUUUAAACACAAUUACAAAAGCUACAAGCGGACCAUCUCGUCAGAGAGCUCGGAUAAUCUUGAGCUAGAGGAUAAAGUUGAGACCCGGAAAGUUCGCAAGCCACCAAAGAAAAUACCCAACUCGGUUUUAGGUCUGUAUCCAGGCGAUGAUUAUGACAAAGAGGAUUAUGACCGCAGGCCUUGUUUGCUGAGGAAACCUCCGACUCCUAGGCUGCAAAAGUCCUCGGAAAGUUCUGAGCUUGGCAAUUCAAAGUCACUGAACUACUCAGACAAACCUUACUGGCGUAAAAGUUCAGAAUCAAAAGAAAAUAUUGACAUCCAUCAGCUGCUGACAAUAGUAAACGGUAAUAACCAACGGAACUCUGUACCAUUUACGAAAAAACUUACGACAUCACCGCCAUCGUCACCUGUCGUUAAGCAGGAGGACAAUAAGUUGCUAUUCAACAAUUUGCUUACCUCUAAAAAUGAUGAAGAAUUGCAGAAUAUGCUUAACGGAAACAUAUCUGAAGUGUCAACAGACACUAAGAGUUUCAAAGAGAAACUUAUUAUGUUUGAGAAACUUGGCAAGUGA